GUCUGUAUUGUGCUGUGUAGUUUUCACACGGGAUUGAUAAGUUAAUUUAUUUUAAGUAAACACCAGUGUAAAAAGUCAACAGCAAACAAAAGUACUCUUACUACAAUAUCUGACUACAAAUGGGGGCUGUGUGUUCUAAAAUACAUAAAGUAAUGUUAUUACUAGGUAGCUAUUUUUAAAUGUUAACAAUGGAGUGGGGAAGAGAUGAACACGACAACAUGUUACAGCUGGGAUCCAGUAGCUGGGAGGCUGCAGAUUUGGGUGAUAACGAGCGGAAGCAGAAGUUUUUGAGACUUAUGGGAGCAGGAAAGAAAGAGCACACGGGGCGUAUUGUUAUAGGAGACCACAAGUCAACGUCCCAUUUCAGGACAGGGGAAGAGAAUAAGAGGAUGAAUAGUGAACUUGAGGACUUGUAUCUGCAAGGCUUGGACAGCAAAUUGUCUGGAAGAGAUAGGCGACACUGUGGCUUGGGCUUCAGUGAGCCCGACUCGCCUGAACAGAAACCAAGCAUGGCUGAAGCAGACCCAGAAAAACAGGAUAGUCCAAAGGAUUCUAAAAAUAAACCAGAAUCAAAGGAAGAGACUUCUUCAAAACAAGAGGAGCCCAGUCAACAGCAUCAAGCAGACUGUCCAGACAGCCAACACAAGGACAAGAAGAACAGCUUUAAAACUGCCUUUGUGAAGUCUUUGUAACAGAUAACAGAAAUGCAUGCUUGUAUGUUUUUAAUUUGUUAUACCACUUUAUACUGUAUAUAUGAUGGUAUGUACAGCCAUUUAAUUUGCAUUUCCAGUGUUAGAAAUUCAGUUUCAUUCAUAAGAUGCCCUGGUACCAAAAUGUUAAGUAUUUCCUUCAGUCACUUUAUAAGAGGACGAGUCCUGUGCCUUGAUCUAUGCUGGAAUGGAUAUUAAAUGCUUUUAACUGCUUUCGGAAACAAGCAAACAUUUUUGUAAAGGUUUAGUGCGCAUGGUGCACAUUACACUUUAAAGAACCAAAUGGAGCAUGGCCCUGUUUAACAAUGUCUUUGAAGUCCAGAGUUAAGAAUAACAGAUGUAUAUGAAUUACUAGCCAAAUAUCAAUAAAUGGAAAUACAUCAA